UCGUAAAACUCAACGGCCAUUAUGACAGUUGCGUCAAAUAUUGAAUUUAAAAAAGUUUUGUUUGUAAUCAAUGUUACUAAUUCCAUUAUUUUUAUUUAAAUAGCUCAAAAUCAACUAGAAAAUGGAUUCUGCAGUGAAAAAUAAGUCUAUCACACAGCCUAAGACUAUGGCGGAAUUAUUACCUGGACUGUGUGGUAUACUAUCAAAGGAUGCAGUUCAUACACUUACGGCAAAAAAACAAUCUCGACCCACCAUGAUUCAAUCGCGGACUGCUGAGAAAGUAUUAAAACCAAUGACUAUUGCGCAAAUGAGGGGUGACAUAUUAGCAUUAAGAGUACAGUCACCUAGAAAAUUUGCCUUACCCACGGCAUCAGCAAAGAAAAGACAUUGGAAUUCAUCAGUGAAAGUAGAAAACAAAAAUAAAAGUCACACAGCAGAUGGACAAAUGAAGUAUAAUUCUGUCAGAAAAGUCCUUAAUUUUCAAUCUAAACCAAAACCUCCAAAUACAACCAGAGCAACAAUGGCAAUACCUGAAACUGUUAAAUUUCCGAAACCAGAAAUAAAAGCAAAGAAAUCACUACACAUUCAAAAUAAUAAUAAAAAUAAUGUGAGGAUUAGUGGAAUAUGCCAUAUACCAGAAACCCCUGUCGUAACUAAUAAGCUCAAUAAAAACCGUAUGACCAUUCAGCAACAAAUCAAUAAGGAGAAUAACUCAUACAUCGCUAAUUUAAACAAAAAGCUUGCAGCUUCUAAGUCUCAGAAUUCCCAAAAAGUUGUAACCAAACCUGAAACACCCCUUGCUAAUAUGUCGUUUAAAUCGAACAGUGAUGCCAGUUUCCUUGAAAAAGAAAAAGAAAUUAAUGACAUAGAAGAGAAAACAAAAGCAUUAACAGAAGAACAGACCUUGGAAAAUAUAGCAGAAGUAACACCACCUGUUUCAACACCAUUCAAAGAAUACAGAAAUGUUCAAGAAUUUUUUAACCAUACAACUGAAUCUGAUAACUCAGCUUUAUAUAACGACACAAUUAUGUGUUUUGAAAAAAUGUCUGUCAACAAUGAAAUUAAAAGGGAAGAAAGUGUUAUAGUUUCUCUUUGUGAUAUGUUAAAUAAAGCUGCCGUUACAAACUCUGAUAAGAUCAGCACUGAACUAGAAGAUUUACUUGAAGUGGAGAAACAAACAGAAAAAAAUAUAAAAAUGAUUGAAAAUGGUAUUAAAACAUUGAAACAUAUCAAAGAAUCGCAACUGAAAUCUUUGCAAUUUGUAAGAAAACUAAUAAAUGAAAAGAGGGUACAAAAAGUUACCCAGAGUGAAAUGAAUGAUCAAAUUAAAAAGGAACAAGUUAUAAAUGAGCCAUUUAAAAAAGAAACAAGUUCAGAAACAAGUCCCAUACUAAGCAGGCCUUCUGUUAUUAAAGCAAAAUCACCUUCUUAUAAGAUCCCAAAAAAAAAUUUGUGUAUGAGGAAAAAGGUAUUUUAUAAGUCUAUGCCAAAUGUAUCUGAUGUAAUGCAAACUCCCAAUAAGAAUACAGACAAAGCUUUGAAUAUGUAUAUGGAAAUGAAAGAGAAAAUGAACUUCUUGAACACACCGUUAGUGAAACACCGUAGUAUAGAACCUCCAGACACGCCCGCCGUCACAUCACACAAUUUACAAGUGCAAUUAGACAAACUAUUCAAUGGAAGCUAAAACUUGAGAGCACUCUCCAAAUUACUGGAGUGUGCUAAUAUUUAUUUUCAGUUAAACAACUAACAUGCAGUGGACUCUUCAUUGCUGUAUUUUUUUACAGCAAUUCUAUCUAAUUAUGAAAUUCUUAACAUUAUAUAUUUGUAUAAACAAUUCAAUUAUUACAUAAUUUUACUAAUAUAUUAUUAAAUUUAACAUUUUUUAAACCAAAUAUGCUACUGGCUAGCUUAAUAAUUUAAUCUUAUAUACUUUGACUGCAUUUGAGCUAAAUGCUUUGCAUAUUUGUAGUGGGUUGUUAUUUCAUUAUAAUGUUAGAUAAAUUUUGUACAUAAUGGCAAAUUUUUAUAAUAAAGA